GACUCCUAAUUCUUAACUCGAGUCGCCUGAUUCUCCGGAAUGUCUGCUCAAGUAGCGGAGGACGUGUCGGCGUCUCUCGGCAGAACUGUGGAUGACAGUCCUAAAGAUGUGUCCGCGGCGGAGGGGGCGAUGGUUGUUUUUAAAGAAGAGGCUGUUGAGCACGAAGGGAACCCCGGUGAGGAUGAAAGCGGUGAUCUUCUGUUCGAGGGGAGAGGCGCAGCUGAGCUCUGUCUCCACGGCGACUUGACGCAGUACGGUGCAACUUUACGCACGCACUCCGUGGCGUUUACGGGCAAGUUCUCGGUGGACUCCAGAGGCGCGGGAGGACCGUGGACACCGGAGGACUUCAUCGACGUGAUCAGGGCUGACAUUGGCACCCCGGGGCCCGACGCAGUGUCCGGAUCGUGCUCGCCGGAUAUUUACGCAGAAGGAGACGCGGGGGAAGGAAGCAUGGCGCACAGCCAGCCGGACAUCAGCCACAUGUACGUGACCCCUCACCCCCACCCCCACCCCCACCCUUACACUCACCCGGCCCCUUCCUACUCCUGCAGCGGGGACAUGUACCCAGACCAAUCCGCAGGGGGGUAUCUAGCCACAUCCACCUGCGCAGUGUCCUACCACGCGCCGCCAUCCUACAACCCGGCGCCCAAACCGACCGUAGACGGCGCCGCGCUGCUCUCCAUCAUGCCCGAGUACGGGGGCUUCUACCAGCAGAGCUGCCAGAGAGACAUCCACGCGGCUUUAAUCCCGGAGAGGAAAUCCCUCCCGUACCCGCUGGACUCCCUCCGUGUGCCUCCGCCUCUCACUCCUCUCAACACCAUCAGGAACUUUACGCUCGGCGCGCCCUCGUCCGCCGCGGACGGCCCCAUGUCUGCGACUUUCCCCAGCCACCAGAGCCUCCCUCUCAGGCCCAUCCUGAGGCCGAGGAAGUACCCGAACCGGCCGAGCAAGACGCCCGUGCACCAGAGGCCGUACCCGUGCCCGGCCGAGGGCUGCGACCGCAGGUUCUCCCGGUCGGACGAGCUGAGCCGGCACCUGCGCAUCCACACCGGGCACAAACCGUUCCAGUGCCGCAUCUGCAUGAGGAACUUCAGCCGCAGCGACCACCUCACCACGCACAUCCGCACGCACACCGGGGAGAAGCCGUUCUCCUGCGAGCAGUGCGGGAGGAAGUUCGCCCGGAGCGACGAGAGGAGGAGGCACAUGAAGAUCCACCUCCGGCAGAAAGAGAAAAGGUCCUCCGCGUCCUAACGUCCCCACUGCGCAUGCCCCCCGAUGCUGCUGAACGUAAACUUUCUGAAUCCGAACACGGAUCAGCUCCAGCCACAGUGGUGGAGUGUAACUAAGUUUACAGUGUGGUAUUAGUACUUUUACUGAAGUAAAGGAUCUGAAUACUUCUUCCACCGCUGCUCCUGCCACAGUCUGUCUGUCUGCCAAAAUCUUAUCCUGUAGUUUAUUUUCAUUAAAAGAUGGAAGGAUAUUGGAAGCCAUAUCUUUAAAAAGAAAUCAGGGAGAAUAAAAAAGUAGUAGUGGUGGAAUGUAACUAAGUACAUGUA